CAUGUGGGUAAAUGUUUGUAAAUAUACACACGUAUCAGUAUACUCGAGUGAUUUGGUGACAGGCCACCACGUACAUACAUGUAUUCAGUAAUAGGACACGUAUUGAGUGAUACUGUAGUGUACAGGACAAUAAUUACCUCAAAGCGACAGCUGGUAUUGAUAGGCAAACUCCCACACGGCUGGCUGGUAUAGUACAUACAAUCACAACAGGUCAUCGGCAGGCCUAGGACGCACAGACAGAUCCUGUGACACACAGACAAAUUAUCCACGGGACCGAACAAACACUACGUGCGAUAAACGAUCGAUCUCCUGACGUGUAGAGGAUGCUCCUGUGGCUCCGUCAGACCAGUACACGGACAGACUCUGUACCUCUCGAGGUACAUCCGGGUACUUGUACUCCGCACCCCUGUACUCAGCAUGGAGAAGGUAGCCGAGUUUCGGUUACGGAUGCUAGAAGUGCCCCCCUUACAGGAUGAGGAGGACUUCUUCAAUAAUGACCAGACGCUAGUCCGGUUCCUGAAAGCCCGUGAAUGGAAUGUGGAUAACGCAGAAGUCCUUCUCAAGUCCGCAGUGGAACAUCGCAGAAGCACAAAACCACUUCACAUGGACUGUCACUGGUGCCACGAGCGGUCAGGACAUCAUUCAAUGAGACAAGUGGGAUUUGACGAGAGUGGCCGACCUGUCAUCUACUCGAGUUUUGCCCAAGCCUCUACACAUAAGAACACCGUAGAAGACUCUGUCACCCACUGCACUUACCUCAUAGAGAACGCCAAGAGGACGAUGGCGUUAGGUGUCAGCACGUGGGUGUGGGUCAUCGAUUGCUCAGGUAUGACGCUGACGGCAUGUAACCCGAAGCUUGGUUAUGGGGUCACACAAGUCAUGUCUAACUUUUACCCGGAACGCCUCGGACUUGUUAUCUGUCUCAACCAUAACCCUUUGUUCCAGGGUGUCUGGAAGGCCAUCAAAGUAUUUCUGCACCCAAACACAGUGGCCAAAAUGAAACUCGUGCGCUCUAAGGACAAAUAUAUGAAAUUAUUCGAGAUUUAUUUCAAUGAGGAAUUAACAGAAUGGUUGCUGGAAGAAAUAAGGUUAAACAAAAACAAACCGCUUUCAAAGACACAGUUCGAAUUCUGGAACCCCCCAGUGGAACAGGGUACACAUGAUCCCCGUGGUUGCCCCUCAUACGUCACAAAGUACAUAGAUACAUUUAAACUUACGGAUUAUCUGUGUACCCAUCUACCACAUCCAAAUAUCGUGGACAGUAAAUCUGGAAUUGUUCGGACUAUCAGCGUGUCUUCUGAGGAAAAGCGUGAGCGCGAUCGGCUACUCGCUGACCAGUCCGGUUUGGUCAGUGCCGCAGAUCAGGAACUGACCGGUGGUAUACAUGUCAGUGACGACGAGCACGAAGAUGACAUUGCUGAACUGAAAAUCACACAAGAGUUUCAGAUCCCUGGUUCAGUCUCCAAAGUAUCCUAACUAUAGGUUAUUUCCAAUAUUCAAUCGGGAACCGACGGUACUUUCCGUGAACGAGAAAAUUACGGAAAGUGCCGACGGGAUUGUUGAGGUGUGGACCACCUGUCCACGCAUGCGUAGUCCCUGGUGCUGAUUCCAACAGGAGAAAAUUUUACAAAUGGAGACUGUGUGGCUUAUUAAGAAGGAAAUUGUCAUCUAAACAAAACUGAACAUAGAUUUAAGUUAAUACAGCUCGGUGUAACGUUGAAUUUUGAACCCGGAGUACGGUUCUACAGGGGUCACAUUUCCACGUAACACCGGAUCGACGAGAUACGGUUGUGUGUAUACGGUUUAAAGGUGUGUGUUUAAUCUGGACUCUAAUAUGGUAUGUGAACUUUAUGCAAUAAUAAAAGCAUUAACAUCGAGA